AAGUUUUCACCUGGACGAGCACAUUGCAAAAGAUUUUACUCAACAGUCGACAGUGAAGGUAGAUAAACAUGGAGUCUGAGGAUGAAGAGAAUGAAUCAUCUGAUUUGGAAGAGAUAGAAAAUGCAUUAUAUUCCCAAAUUCAUUACAAUUCUUAUAUUGAAAACUAUAAUGACAGUCAAACAGGAGAUUCAAACAGCUCGGCAAACAUCACCGCACGUUAUGAUAUUGAUGUCAAAAGCACAAACAGUACUUGUACUUAUAAACCAAGUGAACGUUUAUCCAAGGUCUCGUCAACAUCUGUUAAGGAUAGGAAAUCUGAUCAUUUGUGUAAAUCACAAGACAGCGCUAUUGGAAUGGAGAGUUUGAUGAGUUUGAAUUCAACAGAGACCUCAGUGGUUAUUGAAACAGAUUCAGAGGAUUGUAAAAAUGAAGAAAACUCCAAAGUGACUGAGGUUUUGUAUAAAGACAAGCAGAGUAAACACUGUAGUGCCAAGGAAUCUGUGAUCGAGAUCGAAUCGGACAGUGAGCGCGAGAUUGACUGGGUGGGGAAUCCCAAUGUCAUUCUGCUGUCAGACAGUGAUAGUGACAAAGAGUCUGAUCUGGAGAUGUGUUACGAUUCCAUAUACAGUGAUGAUAUGCUCUUAGAUGAGGAACUCUCAGAUAUGGAAGGAUUACAUGUAAAUGUUGACAGAGAGCAUCAACACAAACUUUCAUCUGAAUAUGACUUUAAGCACCAUCAGAAAAGUUGGUUCAUAAUUGAUGCUGAUAAAUAUGGGAUGGUACCACAACAUGCAAAGAGCCGUUACUAUGGAAAUAAGUUUGACAAGUGCCACAAUUGUAAACAGCAUGGACAUUUGGCGAAUUCAUGUCCCAAACCAAGUUGGGCGUGUUAUAGGUGUGACUGUCCAGGUCACCUGACCAGAGACUGCCAGGAACGGACUGUCUCUAGGUGGAAUCCAUGCUUCCGCUGCGGCAGGAAGGGACACAGCCAGAGAGCCUGUCCAGAGCAAUGGAGACAGUAUCAUUUAACUACCAAUAUUGAUAGUCCUCAGAGGGGUAGAAAUAAGAGGAAUCCCAGGAAAUACUGCUAUAACUGUGCAGAAGCGGGCCAUUUUGGAUUUGAGUGUGAGGAAGAGCGGAUGGCCAGAUACUCGGUGUGCAGCUAUCCCUUUGUACACAGUUACGACUUCUCAACUGUAAACAAAUCCACAAAGAGAAAAGCUAAUAAAGAUGACGAGUCGUUUAAGAAAAAGGCAAAGAAAACCAGAAUGGAAAAGCCAGUUUUUAAAGACAAAUCUUUUGAAGAAGGAAAAAAGAAGAAAAAUAAAAAGCUGAAACGAAUUUAUGAAAGGUUGGAAACAGAGAGAUUACAGUAUAAAGGAGAAAAAUCUGGCAAACCGAAGAAACAAAGACAGGGGUUGGAGGAUAUAGAUGAGAGGAGUGUGAGGGAAAAUAUCGAGACUCAAAGUCAAACAUUUAAUCAGCUAAAAUCCAAGGACAAGAAAAGUAAAAAAUUAAAGAGAAUUUAUGACAGGAUUAACACAGAGAAGCAGAAAAAGAAGGACAGUAAAAAGAGAGUGAAAAGGAGUCAGGGAUCUAAUCACUGUAAUCCUAACUGGGAGACGAUGAAAAAUUCCAUGAAGGGUUCUUCUAAAAGUGAUGUCAGGAACGGACAGCACCAAAACAGAAAGAAACUCACUGGUGUCAAUGGCAUUCCUGUUAAUGCCUCCAAAGGCUUCAAAACAAAACUGAAUGUCAACAUUAAAUAGUAGAUGCUGGGGUUUUUUGGUUUUGUUUUGGUUUAUAAAUUAUUUUAUUUAAGAUUUGAUGCUAUCUAUGGAACUUAAUUAUUUUAAUUGAUAUGAAACAAAAAAGUUACAGCAUAUUGUUAUAGUUUUAGUUGUUAAGUUUGUCUUUUAGAUGAAUUAUCAUUAAUGAUCUUUUUGCAGGGCAUAUGUAACCCUCCCUUUUGUACAUGUAUCUUUUGUUACGUGAAACCUGUGACAAAAACUAAUCUGCUACUUACAAAAAUGUAUAAGAAAACUUUACAAAGUAUGAAUAAUUUUGAUUGAUAUCUUUAAAAUGUUUUGAGAAAUAAAGAAGUACAAUUUA